AUGGAAACUCCUGUAAACAAAAUUCCAACAAUUUUGAUUGUUGGAGCAGGUAUAGGUGGACUUAGUUUUUACCAAUCAGCUCGAAAAAAUCUUGACCAGAAAUUUAAUGUUAAAAUAUUCGAUCGAGAGACCAGUCCUCAAGAACGAUGGGAAGGUUACAACAUUUGCAUUAGUAGAAAAGGUGUUACCUCUUUAUUCUAUUGCACGCCAUCCAAAAUUCAAGAUCGCUUGGUUGAAGCAAUACCGAGUCCAACUCCGAAGGAACAUCAUAGUACGAUGGUUAUUGAUCACGCAGGAAAACUUUUAUUUAGUGCGCCACAACAGAACUUUAAUAUUUAUGAGAUGGAACCUCUUAAACAUGACUUUGCUGGCAUAGUUGCUUAUCGUCAUAUAUUAAGGAAUGUUCUGCUAAAUGGU